AUGAGGAAUCCCUCACCAGCGGCGGCUUCGGGAUCGUGGUCGGAGGCGCCGGCGUCGGGGAAACCCAAGGUCCUGGCUGGUCGGGCGCAGGUCGGCUUGAAGAGGGGGCCAUGGACGCCAGAGGAGGAUGCGCUGCUAUCGAGCUUCGUUCGCCGUGAGGGGGAGGGGAAGUGGCGGACGCUCCCCAGGCGCGCGGGGCUUCUGCGAUGCGGCAAGAGCUGCCGCCUCCGGUGGAUGAACUACCUCCGACCCUCCGUCAAGCGCGGCCAGAUUGCACCCGACGAGGAGGAUCUCAUUCUGAGGCUGCAUCGCCUCCUCGGCAACCGGUCAGCAUGGAUUUCUCGUUCUUCUGCAUUAGGGUUCUUCUUCUUCUUCUUCUUCUUCUUCUUCUUACUCUUUUCAUCGUUACCCUGUAAAACAAAAACAGAUGGUCUCUGAUCGCGGGGAGACUCCCCGGCCGCACCGACAACGAGAUCAAGAACUACUGGAAUACCCACCUCAGCAAGAAGCUCAUAAGCCAGGGAAUAGAUCCCAGAACGCACAAGCCACUGAACACGGAUAACCCUUCUACCUCGUUCCAGAAGGAUCAUGCCCCAGCUCCACCUGCACCUUCCGUAUACCCUAACCCUAACCCUAACCCUAAACCACUUACUAGGUUUCAGAACGGCGGGGGCCUCAAUUCCACCCUUCACAUCCGCGAAGACGCUUGCGAAUUCUUCGACGGGGCCGACCUGAAUCAGAGAUCGGCUUGGCAGAACUUUGACGAUUCUUCUUCAGGGAGAGCUUUGACGAACCAGUACGUCGAGAACGACAUCGAAUACUGCAGCGACGAUCUUUUUGCGUCCUUCUUCAACUCUCUCAUCAGCGACGACGUGUUCCAGCAAGACCCGCAGAACGAUCUGGUUUCACCGCCAGAUCCUCUGGCUUCCGGGGGUCAUGGCUUCGGAAAUCAAGCCUUCUGGGAGCCUGCAUCAGUUGCAUAUUCGACUACUUUCAUUGACAAGAACUACAAUGCUCAACCAACAGAUGACGAUUUGGGCAAGCAACUUUAG